CACAACCUCAAACCAAGCAGUCAGACAGCAGCAGAGCAAGGCACAGACACAAUAGAGGAGGGAGGAGAAUGCAGACACAAUAGAGAGCACGUUACAAAGAUCAAGGUCUGCUUGAUUGGAGGCGAAUCUGUGUUUAAGACUACAGUCGCAAGCAGGCUAGCACAACAUCUCAACACGACAUUCGUAGAGGAGUAUGCUAGAGAGUACUUCCAAGCCAGAGACCUAGAUACAAAGCCCUUCUGUAACGAUGACUUUAUACAGGUGGCAAGGGGUCAAUUGGAGUUGGAGAAGAAGUAUAUGGAUGAUCCAAGGACUGGUUCAGUUCUAAUAUGCGAUACAUGUCCUUUAAUGACAUUAUUAUGGAGUGAUACUCUGAUUGGAUCACAUGAUGAAUCAUUGGACACUUUUAUUAGUCAAUCAUAUUAUGAUCUGUACAUAUUGUUGGACUGCCAUGGAGUGGAGUGGGUCGAUGACAAGCAACUCAGAGUGAUACCAGAAGAGAAGGAACGGUCUUUGUUCCAAACAAGAUUGAUAGAGCAUCUCUCCCGACGAUCGAUCAGCUAUACUCAUAUUCAUGGUGAUCUUAAUACCAGGUUCACUCAAUCAUUGGAAGCAAUCAGGAGACACAUGGAA